CCGCGGCAUGGCCUCGGCGGUGUUUGAGGGCACGUCGCUCGUGAACAUGUUCGUGCGCGGCUGCUGGGUGAACGGCAUCCGCCGGCUUGUCGUCAGCCGGCGCGGCGACGAGGAGGAGUUCUUCGAGAUCCGCACCGAGUGGUCGGACCGCAGCGUGCUCUAUCUGCACCGCAGCCUGGCCGACCUGGGCCGCCUGUGGCAGCGCCUCCGCGACGCCUUCCCGGAGGACCGGCCGGAGCUGGCGCGCGCGCCGCUGCGCCAAGGACUGGUCGCCAUCAAGGAGGCCCAUGACAUUGAGACCAGGCUCAACGAGGUGGAGAAGCUUCUCAAGGCCAUCAUCAGCAUGCCGCGCAAGUACUCCAGGUCAGAAGUCGUGCUCACCUUCUUUGAAAGAUCGCCCCUGGAUCAGGUGUUAAAGAAUGACAACGUGCAUAAAAUUCAACCCAGCUUUCAGAGUCCGGUGAAGAUCUCAGAAAUCAUGAGGUCCAAUGGAUUCUGUUUAGCAAAUACGGAAACGAUCGUUAUUGACCACAGUAUUCCGAACGGCAAAGACCAGCUCGGGGCUGUGGACCCCACGGAGCACCUGUUUGAGGGCGGGGGCGAACUCCCCGCCGAGCUGGGGGACGGGGACGACCCGGCGGCCUACGUCACCAACCUGUCCUACUACCAUCUGGUGCCCUUCGAGACGGACAUUCUGGACUGAGGCUCCCCGGGCGCCGCCCCCAGCCCACCCAGGACUUGCUCCCUCGAGCCUGGACGGACCACAAGUGCCUGCGAGACGGCCCGGGCCAGGACUGGACACCCGGCCAGCCUCCCCCACGCGCCCUCCCUGGACCAGCGCACAGGACGUUUCAAGUGAGACCUUGCUGGGUCCCCGGGUUCUGGACGACACGGGGGGUGUUCUCUCACCCAGGUUUCCCAGGACCAGAAUGUGCGGCUUCCAGUCCUGCCUCCUACCUUCUUCCCAGAAGCUAUGGGCUUCCUGUCAGCCCAGGGGUGUUGGCGGAACGUUGGUCGUGAGUGGGGUAUCGGCUGCGGGCACGGGGGACCCGCUGACCGGUGCCCACAUGGGGGACACAGAGAGGAUGGAGCCCACCUGGCCUCCUGCGAGGGGUGAGGACGCUGGGGCCCCGGGCAGCCGGGGGCCAUUCCCCUGCCUGUCACCAAGCUUGCAGUGAUGCAGCCACCACGUCAGCCUGAGAAGACGGGAGCCGGGAGGUCACCAAGUGUCCCUGGCGGGUCCCCAGCUGCCCUCGGGGAGGGUCUGGGUUCUGCGUGUUCAUCUCCUCACAGAGUCUACUAAUGACCAGAAUUUGCUUGUGUAAAUAAUAGUAAAUUAUUGAGAAUCCUAAUUCUUUUACACAGUCUGUUUUUAAAUCUAUUU